AUCCUUUUCUACUGUGUAACAAAGCACCAUCGAUUUCCCUUGUACUAUCAAACCAAUUCGUUUGGAAUCUUCUCGUCCUUCGAACAUUGAUCCAGUACCAGCAUUUCCACGCAUUUUCGUGCAUCUUUGUCCCCUUUAUCGGUACAACCAGUCACGUGAUCCACGCGUCAGUGGCGGCCCGCCCAGGAACCGAUCACGUCUCCCGUCAGACCUGCAACCAUCCAACAUCUGUGGCAUUUCGCGAACCCGAUUUCCUGAAGCCUUCAUCGAAAGAGGCUGCUCAUCGGCAAUCAUGUCAGCAAUUCCCCCACCACAAGGCAACGGCCUUCCCUCACAGCCACCGGCUGGAGCAGCAACAGCUUCCGCCGCCGCCGCGGAGCCAGCAGCAGCCGACCCCGCGACAACGGAGGAGCAAGCCGCGGCCGACGGCGCAACAACAGCAGCAGCAGGCGACGCGACAGCCACCACCACCACCACAGCGCCCGCCGCCGCCGCCAACAACGAUGAACGACCAAACAUGGACAUCCCCUCGCUGCCGGAGCCCAAGCUUCCCACGCGCAAGGACGUGUCUCUCAAGGAGCUUCUUACCAAGAUGGAUGAAUACGCGCCUAUCAUCCCAGACGCAGUAACAUCCUACUACAUGACCCGCGCCGGCCUCCCUCCCCCCCCGCAAACCGACCAGCGUCUCGCCCGCUUACUCGCCCUGGCAACCCAAAAGUUCAUCGCCGACAUCGCCGCCGACGCCUACCAGUAUUCCCGCAUCCGCGCUUCCAACACCAACGCCAACAACCCCAUGGGCAGUCUGGGCGCCGCUGCGGGGUUCCCGAUCCCCGGACAACCUGCUAACCAGGCGGCUGGAGCGAAGGACCAGGGCAGAGGUGGGCCCCUCGGAAUUCAGAGGCCGGGGUAUGGUGGUGGUGGACAGGGCGGCAGCCAGAAUCGGACGGUGUUGACGAUGGAGGAUUUGGGCAUGGCGGCGGGGGAGUUUGGGGUUAAUGUUAAGAGGAGUGAGUUUUAUCGCUAGGGGGUUGGUUGGGGUUUUCAGAGCGGCCGGCCCUCCUGGUGUGAAGGGCGGAGGAGGAGCAGUGGUCGUCAAAGGUUGUUUGCCUGGGGUAUGAUGAGGAAGUGGCAGACCGAAGGAUGUUACUAGGCCCCGACAACAGAUUGUUUCUUGCUUGAGGAGGGGGAUACCACGGUGAUUGAUGGAUGGAGGAAUGAGGGACAAAGGGGCAAAGGGUCGGCAAUCAAGGACGGACGGGUCAACACGGAAACGGGGCAUAGGAGUUUGGGUCUUCGUUCGGUUCUUCUCAUUUGCUUUUCUUUUUUUUUUGCGCUUGGCGUUCAGGACUGAAGGCGCUAUGGAAGAUUGUUCCCGUUGUCUCCUUACAUUUCAGGUCUACGGCUAUGCUAGGCUAGGUAAAACAACCUGCCAAAGCAUAACAUACUACGAUUCAUAAUCAUAUCAUACAUAAACAAUGUCCAUGUGACAAAAACGGA